AUGCGAAUUCUGAGCAUUUCUAUAAUUACUCUAUUUUUUCCACUAUAUACACUAAGAAUGAACAGCAAAGAGACCAAAGAAAUAAAUGCAUCUAGCUUUUACAGUAUUAAAGACGUGGCAAUUGAUGGAAGUGAAGUGGACUUCACAAGAUUUAAAGGGGAGGUAUCUCUUAUAGUAAAUACUGCAUGCACCUGCGGGCUAGCAAAGGAGGGAUUUGAAACAAUUAGAAAGCUGCAAGAGGAGUUUAAAGAUCUUAAUGUUCUUUUAUUUCCAAGUGCAUUCAGCAAGAUAAUUAACCAGGAGAAAAAUACACCGAAAGAAAUACUGCAGGAAAUAAAGAAAGCUAAUAUAACUGUGGGUGGCCGAGUAGUUGUAUUUAAUAAGAGAGUGAUUGAUAGCUCAAAGGGUAUAUUUGACUGGCUCACUAGAAACUAUGAGAAAACAGGAUGGCUUAACAUAAAAGCAAUUAAAUGGAAUUUUACCAUGUUUGUCGUGGAUAGGACAGGAACAAAGGUAGUACGGCAUGACCCGCUGGCAGCAAAGUAUCCAGAGGUUAAGAAAACAAUUGAGAAGUUUUAUACUACGGAAUUGCCCAAUAGCUCCAAAUGA